AUUUGCACGAAACUCUACCGGAUAGGAUUUAUCCCCCUCCCUCCGCGCGCUCUCCGUCGUGUCCGCCAUGACCACGGCCGCAGCCGUCCUGCCGGCCUGCGCCGCCGGUCCCCUCUCCCAAGCACCCGCCCCGCUCCCGCGGCGCCUCCUCUCUAUACAGCCCUCCCCCGCGCGCAGGGACGGCUCCCGCGGCUGCAGCCUCGCCGGCUCCAGCGGCAGCCGCGCGCCAACCGUUCGACGGAACGCCGCCGCCGAGACAGUGGUUCCAUACGUGCCGGGAUCCGGCAAGUACAUCGCGCCGGACUACCUCGUGAAGAAGGUGUCGGCCAAGGAGGUGGAGGAACUGGUGAGGGGGGAGAGGAACGUGCCGCUCAUCGUCGACUUCUACGCGACAUGGUGCGGGCCCUGCGUUCAGAUGGCGCAGGACAUCGAGAUGCUUGCAGUCGAGUAUGAGGACAACGCCCUAUUUGUGAAGGUGGACACCGAUGACGAGUAUGAAUUUGCAAAAGACAUGCAGGUAAGAGGACUUCCAACACUGUAUUUCUUCAGUCCAGACCAAAGCAAAGACGCCAUACGCACGGAGGGGCUAAUUCCAAUGGAUAUGAUCAGAAACAUCAUUGACAAUGAGCUAUGACAGCUGAUAGGCAAAUAGACACGUAGGCAGUGUUUUUUGUUUGUAGCGGAUGAGAUUUUGUCUGAGACUUGAGUGUUUAGGUACUAGUUUGCUGUGCUGUAUUCGGUUCUUGUAUUGCUUCACUGCCAGAGUUUCUGCAGGUGGGAAUGCAGGUGUAGCAUAGGAUUGGAACUUGAGACUCACGACUAAGUUACUCUGUUGUUUCUCCAUUAUGUUUAUCUUGUUCAUCGAAAUCCUUUGGUUUGCCCAGUGUUCA